CUCUCUCUUUCGUUUGGCUUGGUCGCUGUUUCGUUUAUGAAUCGAGUGUCAGCCAUUAACGCUGCUUCUCUUCUCAAACGAGAUUUCUCUAAGCACCGCUUCUUCUCCUCCUCCUCUUCUUCGUUGCAGAUAAUCCCGCGAUGUGAUGAUCCACCUAAACCAAUCAUCCUAAACCCACUUUACAAUCUACUUCCCCACACCCAAAACCCUAAUCGAAUCGUCGACGUCAUCUGCUCUUCUCUCAAUCAAAACCCUGAUUUUCUUCCUUCCCACCUUCACAACGAGGUCAAACCCCUGAUUCCUCAUCUAGGCCACCGUGAAAUCUCUAGGGUUUUACUUAGGUUCCAAUCAGAUGCUACUCGAUCUCUCGCCUUCUUCAAUUGGGUUAAAUCCGAUUUGGGUAAGAUCCCAAACGUCGGUAACUACUGUUUGCUGCUUCACGUUCUCGCUUGGUCAAAAAAGUUUCCUUUAGCUAUGCAAUUUCUAUGUGAAUUGAUUGAAUUAGUCGCUAAGGAGCAAGACGAAGAAGAAGAAGAUGUGUUUAGUGUUUUGGUGUCUGCUACUGAGGAAUGUAAUUGGGACCCUGUUGUUUUGGACAUGCUCGUCAAGGCUUACCUGAAGUUAGGCUUAGUAGAAGAAGGCUUCUCAGCGUUUCGAAAAGUGAUUUCUUUCGGUUUUCGUGUUAGUGUUGUCACUUGUAACCAUCUCUUGAACGGUUUGCUGAAGCUGGAUUUGAUGGAUGACUGUUGGCAAGUGUAUCGUGUGAUGUGUAGAGUAGGAAUCCAUCCCAACACUCAUACCUUUAACAUUCUCACCAAUGUGUUCUGUAACGGUUCGAGUUUCCAUCAAGUUAAUGACUUUCUGGAGAAGAUGGAAGAGGAAGAAGGGUUUGAGCCUGAUUUGGUUACUUAUAACACGUUAGUGAGUAGUUAUUGUAGGAGAGGGAGGUUGAAAGAAGCGUUUUAUUUGUAUAAGAUCAUGUAUCGGCGUCGUGUUGUUCCCGAUUUGGUUACCUACACGUCGCUUAUUAAAGGUCUUUGUAAAGAAGGGAGAGUUAGAGAAGCUCAUCAGACGUUUCAUAGGAUGGUAGACAGAGGGAUUAAGCCUGAUUGUGUCGCCUACAACACUCUUAUCUAUGCUUAUUGCAAAGAAGGGAUGAUGGAACAGUCGAAGAGGUUGUUACAUGAAAUGAUUGGGAAUAGUGUUGUUCCGGAUAGGUUUUGUUGUAAAAUUAUAGUUGAAGGGUUUGUGAGAGGAGGACGGUUACUUGCAGCUGUGAACUUUGUUGUCGAGCUUACAAGGUUAAAGGUUAGAAUCCCAUUUGAAGUUUGCAGCUUUCUGAUAGAAAGUUUAUGCCGGGAAGGUAAGCCGUUUGCAGCAAAGCAUCUGUUGGAACGAAUCACUGAAGAGGAAGGUCACAAGGCGACACCAGAGACUUACAAUAACUUAAUCGAGUCUUUCUCUCGUUGUGAUGCUAUUGAUGAGGCGUUGCUUCUGAAAGAGAAACUCACAAGUCAGAACCAAGUGCUAGGUGUUGAAUCUUACCGAGCUCUUAUCAGCUGCUUGUGUAGGAUUGGUAGGAACCGUGAAGCCGAGUCUUUGAUGGUGGAAAUGGUCGAUUCUGAAGUGAAACCGGAUUCUUUUAUAUGCGGGGCUUUGGUUAAUGGAUAUUGCAAGGAGUUGGAUUUCGCUAAAGCUGAGAGGUUAUUGUGUUUCUUUGCUAUGGAGUUUAGAAUCUUUGACAUGGAGAGUUACAAUUUGCUUGUUAAAGCGAUUAGUGAAAUGGGAAGUGGGUAUAAGAAGGUGUUAGAGCUUCAGGAAAGAAUGCAGAGAGUUGGGUUUGUUCCAAAUGGCUUAAGUUGUAAGUACAUGAUCCAAGGUUUGAGCCAACUAGACGGUUUGAUGGAAGAAUUUUAAACCGGUGUUUUUUUUUUUUUUUUUAAUACGGGUAUCUAUUUCUUUUCAUGAGAGUGAGUUUGUACGUCUUUUAAUUAGUUUUUUUCUCCAACUUUUUUUUGCAUUACAAUAAAUGUCUAUUCAUGUUCUUCUCUGUUUUAUGAUUCUUGGAGUUUA